AUGAUGUCCUUUGUCCCUUUGCUCCUAGUGACCAUCCUAUUCCCUGCCACACAGGCUGUUCAGUUCACGAAAUGUGAGAUGUUCCAUCUCCUGAAGGACAUGAAUGAGUAUAGAGAUUUCACUUUGCCUGAAUUGAUAUGUACUCUAUUUCAUGCCAGUGCUUAUGACACACAAGCCUUAGUCGAAAAUGAUGGAAGCACAGAAUAUGGACUCUUCCAGAUCAGUAAUAAGCACUGGUGUAGUAGCGACCAGAUCCCUGAGUCAAGGAACAUCUGUGGUAUCUCCUGUGACAAGUUCCUGGAUGGUGACCUUACUGAUGACAUAGAGUGUGCCAAGAAGAUCCUGGACAUUAAAGGCAUUGACUACUGGUUGGCCCAUAAACCACUCUGCACUGAUAAGCUGGAACAAUGGAACUGCGAGAAGUUGUGAGCGUCUGCUAUCCUUGCCUCUCCUGCCCUCUCUAUACUCCUGGAACUUCUCUUCCCUAAUGCUACCUCAGUUUGCUUCUUCCUACCCUCCUGAAGCUGUCUCUGAGCCCUGGGCCCUGUAGUGACACCACUGAACUCUUCAGAACUACUCUCCGGGGAUGCAUGACUGCUGUACUAGACUUCAGACCUUCGAUUAGUGCCCCCGAUGGCAC